AUGUAUCAGCUCAUAGGCGAUUUCAAGACGGCUUUGAUUUUGUCCAUUCUGAGCGGGUCAGCUGCGCAAUAUCCUACAGUUCCACCUGUGGGCCCUUGUGCGACUGUGCGCUGUGGUUUCAACACCAAAUGCAUUGAAUUCAACGGAACGGCUGGAUGCUUCAACACAACGUGCUCAUCUGGCGAAAUCUUCACCGAGUGCUCGUCGUACUGCGAACCUACAUGUAUUCCACAAAACAUUGCUUGCAUCCAAAGCUGUGGACCGCCGUCUUGUCAAUGUAUGCCCGGUUUUGUGCGUGACAAUGGCGUUUGUGUGGAUCCGCGGCUAUGCUCGAAUAUCGGGCCAACUACACCGAGUUACGUGGACGAACCUGUGACUCCGGUCUUGACAAGUUGUGAUCAAGCCCUUGUCCGAAUAUUGUGCGUCACUGGUACCCACUGUGAAAUUGUCAACGGUACACCUCAGUGCGUGCCAGAUGCAGGGCGCAUCCCACGAUGUGCUGACGUUCGAGUAAAGUGCGCGGCUGGAAAUCAUUGUGAGAACACACCAACUGGUAUCACGUGCGCUCCCGAUCCAGGUAGGCGGUUGUAUAAUAAUUCGUGCUUGUGCUAUCAGCGAUAUCACCUUAGUUUGUUCUGCCAACGAAGAAUUCAACAUAUGUGCAUCGGACUGUACGAAGUUAUUACGCAAUGGGAAGGCCAUGUACUACACAGUGCUUGCCAGCCAAGUGCCAAUGCAAGAGCGGAUUCGUACGUGAAGGGACAAUGCAUCGAUCCGAACACUUGCCCUAACAUCCAAAAAGUAUCCACCACUACACUGAGCUACGUUGAUGAGCCUGUUACUCCGCUGUUAACAUCAUGCAACCAAGCCCUUAUCCUUAUACAGUGUGUCACUGGAUUCCACUGCGAAAUCGUUGACGGAAGACCUCAAUGCGUGCCAGAUGGCGUGCCAGAUGCA